AUGGCCGAGGUUUUACCAACUACGACAAAAGUCUGGAGAGUCCAAGGAACGGACGGUUUUGACAGUUUGGAAUACAACGCGGAGGAGGCUCUUCCACAGUUGUCAGACAACGAUGUUCUCGUCAGAUUCCAUGCCGCUGCUUUGAACUACAGAGAUGUCUCAAUACCUCAUGGAACAUUUCCAUUCGGGUUCAAAAAAGGUGUUAUACCAGGAUCAGAUGGUGCUGGAGAAGUAGUGGCUGUUGGUGCAAGAGUGACACGAUUCCAGAAGGGCUCAAAGGUCGUGACUCAAUUCAACCAGAAACAUAUCUAUGGAUCACUUACCUCGAAGAGCAUAAGUACUGCGCUCGGUGGAGACCUCGAUGGUGUUCUUCGUCAAUAUGGAAUUUUCAACGAAGAGGGUCUUGUGCUGAUGCCAAAGUCACUGGAUUAUCAGCAGGCUUCCACUUUGACGGGCGCUGGAGUAACAGCAUGGAACGCUUUAUAUGGCCUCAAGCCAGUCAGGCCGGGUCAGUUCGUGUUGACACAAGGCACGGGCGGAGUAUCAUUAUUUGCGAUUCAAUUCGCAAAGGCUGCUGGUGCUACGGUUAUUGCUACAACUUCGUCUCCCGACAAAGUCAAACAGCUGAAAGAGUUGGGUGCGGAUCAUGUGAUUAAUUAUAGAGAGGUUACAAAUUGGGGGGAGGAAGCCAAGAAAUUGACAGGCUCAAGGGAAGGUGUCGAUCAUGUUAUCGAAAUCGGCGGAGGUGGAACCAUGGCGCAAUCCAUCAAAGCGAUCAAGUAUGAUGGUAUUAUCAGUGUCAUUGGCUGGUUGAGCAAGGCAGACGAGAAAGAGCCGAGCUUCCUUGAAACUGUUAGCAAUGUCUUCACCGUCCGAGGAUUGUUCGUCGGAAGCAGAGCGAUGUUCGAGGAGAUGAAUGCUGCCAUUGACGCCGCCAACCUCAAACCUGUCAUUGAUCGUCGCGUAUUCAAGCUGGAGGAUCUCAAAGAGGCGUACACAUAUAUGAAGGGGCAGAAGCACGUUGGUAAAGUCUGUGUCACUAUGGAAUAG